UUUUAUUCCUAUUCCUUUUUUAUGUAUAGCCAGUUAGAGGCUUAGAUGUUUUUUCCUUAAUCGUUGUAGUAAUCUCUCAACCAUUUUUAAACAUUUUCUUGUAAAAAAAACAAUUUCAUCUUAUUUUUAUCCUUCUGUUCCAAAACUGUAUUCGCCGGAUCUCCCCCGUCGAUCCACAUUCCGUUGCCGGCGUUUCUCAUCGAUCAAUAUUCAUCUUAAAAUUUGCAACUAGUAAUAUACAAUUCCUGGGAACGAUGAGUCAGGUGUUUGAAAGAUACGAGCGACAAUACUGUGAGCUUUCUGCAAAUCUCUCAAAGAAGUGUACUUCAGCUUCUUCUCUUGAUGGAGAACAAAAGAAGCAGAAGCUAUCUGAUAUUAAAUCUGGAGUUGAGGAUGCAGAAACACUGAUUAAGAAAAUGAAUCUCGAGGCAAGAAGCUUACCACCUAAUGUUAAAUCCAGCCUUCUUGUCAAAUUAAGGGAAUACAAAUCCGAUCUGAACAAUUUCAAGAAUGAGGUGAAGAGAAUCACAUCCGGUAACCUAAACGCUGCUGCUCGAGAUGAGCUGCUAGAAGCUGGUAUGGCUGACACAAGGACGACUUCAGCUGAUCAAAGAACAAGACUGAUGAUGUCUACGGACCGUUUAGGCCGAACAACAGACAGAGUCAAGGACAGUCGGAAAACGAUGCUGGAGACUGAAGAGCUUGGUGUUUCAAUCCUUGAGGAUUUGUACGGGCAGAGGCAGUCUCUAUUACGCGCACAUGAGACGCUUCAUGGAGUCGAUGAUAACGUUGGGAAGAGCAAGAAAAUAUUGACAGCGAUGACAAGGAGGAUGAAUAGGAACAAAUGGACCAUCGGGGCGAUCAUUACAGUCCUUGUCCUCGCCAUUAUCUUGAUCUUGGACUUCAAACUCACCAGGUGAAACCGUGGAAAGCCUCUGCUUUGCAACUCCCUGCCUUGUCAGAGAUCUAUGUGACUGAACAGCUUUUGUGUGUUCUCUCUUCUUCUCCUUAUUCUCUCGAGUGUGUUUUUGAUUAAAGUCUUUCGACUCUUCUAAUCAAAGUUACUCUGGUCAAUGCCAUUGUUGUAGUCGCUGUUUUGUUGCUGACUUUUCCUCUGAUUCUGAAAAAAGCUAAGAUUGAGAUUAGAACUCUGAGUACUAUUAAAUACAUGUUUUGUGAUUGAUUUGUGCGGAAGCUCUUGUCCUUUUGGUUUGUGUUCUCCA